CCGCCGAGCCGCAGCACCCGCGCGCAGCGUGUCGCUCCGCCGCAGGGCCGCCGGCGCGCGCCAUGUCGCGACACAGCUCGCAGGACGAGAGCCUGCAGGGCUCCUGGGUUGAACUCCACUUCAGCAGCAAUGGAAGUGGCAAUGGAAGCACUGCCACCAGCCAAGAACAAGUACCUGCUUCCAUCUCCAUUCACAAUGGGGACAUGGAGAAAAUACUCCUGGAUGCUCAGCAUGAAUCUGGAAGGAGCAGUUCAAGAGAGAGUUCACAUUGUGACAGCCCUCCUCGUUCCCAGACGCCUCAGGACAGUCACAGAGCUUUGGAAAUAGAGAGUCACAGCAGUGGAGAAAAGAACAGCUUUCAGUCUGAAGAGGAUUUUCUGGAAAGGAGGAGGGAAGUCGAAAGGCUGCUGAGGAAGAACGCGGAUUGGAUCUGGGAUUGGUCCAGCAGGCCGGAGAACAUCCCUCCAAAGGAAUUCCUGUUCAAGCACCCCCGGCGCACAGCGACUCUCAGCAUGAGGAACACCAGCGUCAUGAAGAAGGGCGGGAUUUUCUCAGCGGAAUUUUUGAAGGUUUUCCUCCCCUCUCUGCUGCUUUCUCACUUGCUUGCCAUUGGACUAGGCGUGUACAUCGGCAGACGCCUCACGACCACAGCCUCCAGCAGCACCUUUUAAAGGCACCUGAAAUGGAGCUGCAAAGCCCAGCGCUGGUCUGGGAGGGCAGGAGGUGAAGAGCAGAAGCGGCCGAGCCUGCGGUGACUCCCUGAGCGGGGUGUGCUGUUGUGUAGGUGUUGUGUGCCUAGUGUAGUGAGGAGGGGCAAGGAGGUGCUGAAGCCAAUAACUAUCAUAGCUAAUCUGCUGGAUCAAUUCAUAGAGCUUGUCCCAGCUGCACCCACGGCUGUCAUUGCUUUGUAGUGAAGUAUCUUUGAAAAUUACGAGAGCUUGAUGUUUCAAACCAACCCUAGCUUUACUGUAGCGAUGGUGACUCAGCUUGGUGCUCAUCUAACUGCUGUUCCUUGUACUUCAUGGAUGUGAAUGUUUGUCACUGCAGCUGUAACCAUGACAACAAGGGAUUAGCCCAAGAAAACGUGUGGCCUCAUGUACAACGUUGGGACUUCAGAGGGGUCUUUGCCUCACUCGAAGCGGUUCCUUCCUCGUGUGGGUUUUGCUUCACUCUUUCACGAUUGUGUGAGGUGGGAAAUGCUGGGGCGGGGGGAGACAGAUUCUGCUGGGAGAGAUGAGUGUGAGGGAAACUGCACCUGUUUUUACUAGUUCAGAGCGUGAUGCACAACAGCCUGAAGUAAAAUUUGGACUUUAAUGGCUUAUUUUGCAAAGACAUUUAUUUAACUCCCCAAUCAAUAGAAGUUUCUUCUGUUGUAUCUACUUGCAGACUGCUGCUUCUCAGUCUUUUUAUCUGUACAAUAAUACAUCUGCAUCCUAUAUUUGCCUCAUCCUUGUAUAGAUUGAAAGAAAAUGGUUGCCUGCUUCUUUGUUUUUACUAAUGGAAUGCCUUUUCAUUCAGUGAUUUUACCUUAUUUAAUGAGAAGAAAGUGAAUGUUUGCCAAAUACCAUGUUUUAUAUAUUUAAAUAAAAAGGUUCCUUGUGGA